UUAUUAACUCAUAAGCUUAAUGUCGGCUCUGCUGAAGAUUUCCCCACCGAUGCUAUGGUUACCUUUAUUACGAUCUUACAGGUGAAUCUAGUAAUGUCCGUCCUGCUGUACGUGAUGUUCCUCGCGUACCUCUAUGGUAUCCAGGCGUCAUCCAUGGACAGGCAGCGGCCGACGCCGGACCCCAUCAACUCCCUCAUCAUCAAGCUCCUGCAGGCCGACAUCAGCCGGACCCGACCCAGGACGCCGCAGGAGAGGCAGGGGGAGUCCGCGCAGCGGGCGGCCCAGCGCGUGCCACCUCCCUCAGGCAUGGUCCCGGCCGCGGCCCCCUUGGGCUCCAGGGACGGAGGCUCGCCGGCGCAGCAGCGGAGCUCGGGGCACCAGGCGGCGACGGACAUUUCCCUGGAGCUCCUGCAGCAGCACAAGCGCUACAACUCCCCGCGCGUGCUGCUGAGCGACCGGCCGCCCAUGCAGCCCCCGCCGCUGUACCUCAUGGACGACUUUGUGAGCUCGGUCGACGGCGGCAGCGGGAACAAGACGCGGAAGAAGCGCUACGCCGAGCACAAGAGCUACCGCGGCGAGUACUCGGUCUGCGACAGCGAGAGCCAGUGGGUCACGGACAAGAUCAACGCCGUGGAUAUCCGCGGCAACAAGGUGACCGUGCUGGGGGUCAUCCCGAGCGCGGGCCGGCCGGACGUCAAGCAGUACUUCUACGAGACCAAGUGUCGGAACUCCAAGCCCUUCAAGAACGGCUGCCGGGGCAUCGACGACAAGCACUGGAACUCGCAGUGCAAGACCACGCAGACGUACGUGCGCGCGCUCACCCAGGACAAGGUGACGGUGGGCUGGCGCUGGAUAAGGAUAGACACCUCGUGUGUGUGCGCGCUCUCACGCAAACGCCGCAGGACGUAAAAAACAAGCAAACAAACAAACAAACAAAACAUGUGCGUGUGUGGGUGUACAACAGAGCACAAACUUACAGUACACACACACACACAAACAGACACACACACACACACACACACACACACACACACACACACACACACACACACACAUACACACACACA